AGUGGCUCGACCGUGAAACACGUUUGCUGCUGUGUCUUGUAUAGGUCACAAUCCCGCGCGUUCAACGCCUACCGCAAUUUCGUGAUUGACCUUUUUCACACAUUGACAUUCACACGGGGGUUGGCUUUAAAGGUUGUAAUAUAUGGGACACUUAAGCUGAAUUGCGAAUGGGCCUCCUGUGCGAUAUUCAAAAAUUAGUUUAGACGUUGAUAUUCGUUUUUGUUGGCUGUACCGUUUUUCUGAGUGAUGAAUUUUCUAGAGAAAUGAUUUGCAAAUGGACGGCUCGUACCGGGCAAACAAUGAGGAUCUGUUGCUUAUGUUACUGGAUUUUCUUGCUAGUGAGCAGCACAAUCCUCGUUGCCAGUGCCAAAACGACCAGCGCCCAAUUAAAUCACCAUCAUCGCACGACCAAUAACAAAGUCAUCAAAGCUGAUGGCAGCGAUGGGACGUCCUCGUUUCCCAGACGACUCCAUCAUCGUUACCGCGCGAAAGAAGAGGACGACUUGCCAGCUGUUGGACAAGCUGAACAUGCCGAAGAAAAGACGAAAAGCGAUACUGCGGCUACUGCGGAAGAAGAUUACCCUUCUGAUUUCCGCUGGCCCGAGUCCUAUUUCGACUUAGAAGCCUCUUCUGACGUGGCCGUCGUCGUCGGCCAAACGGCCUUCCUCGUUUGCCGAGUCGCCGUCGCUGGAAAUUGGACGGUUUCGUGGGUAGGCCCCGAUCAUCCGCAUGACAACCGAAAUGUCAAUCUCCUCACGGUCGGCACGGACACGUACACGCCCGACCGACGAUUCCGUGGACUUCACGUGCCCAGUUCACCCGAAUGGACAUUGCAAAUUAAAGCAACGACGUUGGAUGAUGCGGGAAAUUACGAAUGCCAAUUAAGCAGCACCCCAUUACGUACGCACGUCGUUCGGCUUCACAUCAUAGAGCCACAUAUCCAGAUUUUAAAUGGACCCGAAGUCUACGUUCACGAAGGAUCAAUGUUGAACUUGACGUGCGUUAUCUCGCCGGCAGUUGACGCUUCCCUCCUCUUAUGGAGUCGUAACGGCCAAAUACUGAAUUGGUUAUACCAGUCGAAUGAAGCCGGAGGAAGUGGACAAUUGGACGCUAAGAUCCACGUCUACGACGGGCGUUUGUGGGUGGAUCGCGGCGGAGGCAAUGCGGAAGGGACUGCCGAAAACGAAGCGGCCGUCGUCAGCGAUCAGGGCCAAACGGAUGCCGAGAGGAGAAAUCAAAGACAAAAGGAAAGUUUAUCGACGGCUACAAUGUCUCAAUUGCUCGUAGACAAAGCGCAAAUGUUUCAUUCCGGUCGUUACGUCUGCUCGGCCCUCGGAGCCUCCGGCACCUGGACAUUGGUGCACAUCCUAGCCGAUGAGCAGCCGGCAGCCAUGCAACGGGGGAAUCCGGCCUCGUCUUUCCAUCAUCCGCUUCUAGCCGGCUGGAUCGCCUUGAGUGUCUGUGUGAUUCAUCGAUACCUGGUCCCUCCGGCCGCCCUGCUGGCGUGAUGAUUGAGAGGCGCGUACCGUUUUUUUUUUGUUUUUUUUUCAUAUUUUUUUUUUUUU